CUGAAUUCCACUGCAUCAUUAAAGAAGGAGAAAACCGACAUUACUGACGAUCUUUUCCAUCAACUUUUUCCAGGCGUGGUCAAUCCGAAUGGCAGUGUAAUUGCUCGACAGCUGUCGAGAGCUCAUUGUGUAGAUAAUACUGACGAAGUCCAACGGAUUCGUGCGUCUCAUCCAACAUCGGAAAUUCACGUACUCCGUGGUGGAAGACUGUUAGGCGAACUCUACCCUUUGCGUGCUUUCGGUGAUGUCCGGUUCAAAUGGCCCCUCGAUCUGCAGAAGGUAGUUCUGGAGCCGUUAGGUAGUCCAGCUCCUCCGAAUCUUUUCACUCCUCCUUACCUCACGGUAUCACCAGAGGUUUUCUACCAUAAACUAACGGCUAACGACAAGUUUUUGGUGUUAGCGACCGAUGGUUUAUGGGAAUGGCUCGAUCCUGACACCGUUGUUCGACUUGUAUUGUUGGACAUCCAAGAGCGGAAGCUCGGAGAGAAAAGCCAUAAGAAGCCAAUAGAUGAGAACUGUGCCACGCAUAUCAUCAGGCAUGCGUUGGGUGGAGUCAGCGGUGGGGAAAGCAAGCAGUACGAGAGGCUCAUUGAUAUUUUGCAGGUUCCUCCCGGACGGGCGCGAAACUAUCGUGACGAUAUUUCUAUUAUAGUGAUUCACUUUAAUGAGAAAUAUUUGCAAGAAACGGAUUCGUCAGCUGUUUCUGCUGAACCUAUGGAAAUGCAAGCUAAUUAG